UUGAGUUUGGACGAGCAACGAUUAUGGCGUCUUCCACAGAAUCGAAAUCCUUUGCAACUUUCAUGGCUUUUGCUCUCGCAGCUUUCUCCGCUUCCACAGCCUUCUCUGUGUAUUUGUGGCAGAGAAAAUCUAGGGUUUUGGACGACAAGAUUCUAGAGCUCGAGAAGGCUCUCAAGAAUCUCUCUGACAAAUGCGUCGCCGAGAGGCAAGGCCGGAUUCGGGCUCAGCAGGCUUUGAGGAAAGAACUAGCUCAACCAACGGUUGAAAACUCCGAGCUAACUUCUUAUCCCAUGGCACCUAUUGGCGUCAUCAAAUCGUGCUUUUCUACCAGAAAUGGCACACCGAGGCAACCUUUACUUGUACCACUUGCUAAGGCACGCUUGUUCUUUAAUUUGUCCCGUGUUCCUCCAGCCUCCCUUGAGGGGCUUCGAGAAUAUUCUCAUUGCUGGGUUAUAUAUGUCUUUCAUCUAAAUACUGAUUUGGAGAAGCUUUGGAAGGAUCCAACCAAGUCAAAAUUCAAGGCUAAGGUAAGAGUGCCAAGAUUGAAAGGUGGGAAGAUGGGAGUAUUUGCAACACGAAGUCCACAUCGUCCAUGCCCCAUUGGGCUCACUGUUGCAAAGAUUGAGGCGGUGCAAGGGAAUUUGAUACUGCUCUCUGGUGUGGAUCUGGUGGAUGGGACACCAGUACUUGAUAUCAAGCCCUAUCUCCCAUACUGCGAUAGCAUCCAAGGAGCAACUGUACCCAACUGGCUAAUGGACGACAAUCUAUUGGUAGUAGCUUCUGUUAGCUUUUCCAAGGGCUUUUCUUCCACACUUGCCAAUUGUUGGGAAAAGGCAGGAAAGAAUUCACUCUACGCUUCACCAGAUGAGUUUCAAAGCUUGAUAAAGCAAGUGCUUUCCUGGGACAUUCGAUCAGUGUCUCAACGCAACCGACCUCAUGAUUCCCUUAUCAAGACCGAAAACGGUGAACAUUUGGAGAGUGCUUUCGAUCCCGACGAGUUUCAUGAUGAGGAAGUUAGUGACCAUGGAAGUGAGCAGCCUAGUCUUUCUUCUGGGGAAGUAGUUUAUCACCUAAUUUUGGAAGGCUUGGAUGUCUCGUACAGAAUUGAUUUUAAUGGCAAUGUCGUUGUAGAGAAAGUCUCAUCAGCAACCAUCUCGAACAGUAACGAAAACCACUCUAGUUACUUCACAUGGAGAAUUGUCCUGCUUGAAACUUUCUUACUAUGCGAUCAAAAGGAUUAACUUUCUUUUUCUUUUUUCUUUUUUUUUUCCAUCUAUCUCCUUUUGUUUGUUU